CUGACUAGAACAGACUACAGGGAGGACCCCAGACAGUGUCAGCAUCUAUGGUGUCAGCCCCCAUGCGUCAUUUAUUUCUCCUGUACACUUGCUGUCAACCUGAGUACGGCAUCUCACGGAUAUCCUAAACUGCGAUUUCAGUCGACUUCCAAACGCGAUGUGCUAGUGCCCAUUGGAAAGUUAUGUCAGCUACUGAUCGGCCGAGUUGAGUCUGCUGUCCCUUUUUCCUUCGCGUUAAGAAUAACAAAAUUCACAGAAAUGGAAGCCGAUAGCGUGGAGCAGGACCAGGAGCUGUCCGAUGAGGAGGAGGAAAUGGAGCCAAAGCUGCGCUAUGAGCGCAUUCUCAACGACAUGCCCGAAAUCCUGCGCAGUGGUGCGGCCAGCUGUAUUGCUGUGCACCCUAAGUUUAUAGCACUCGGCAUGCACUCUGGUGUGGUGUACAUCCUGGACCACCAGGGCAACAAUAUUCGCAACAAAGAGCUCCAGCUGCACACAGACACGGUGCUCCAACUGAGCAUCGAUGAACAGGGCGACCACUUGGCCAGCUGCUCACGUGACGGCAAGGUGGUGGUCCACGGUCUCUAUUCAAGUGACCAGAACCAGAAGCUGACCUUUGACCGUCCCGUCGGUGCUGUGGCCAUUGACCCGAACUUCUAUCGUUCUGGCUCAGGCAGGCGUUUUGUCACAGGCGUUGACAAGGUGGUGCUGUACGAGAAGGGGUUCCUCUCCCGCUAUCGCACCAGCAUCCUGCACCAGGGUGAGGGCCCAGUACGAAACAUCUCUUGGAAAGGACGCUUUGCCGCCUGGGCAACCGACCUGACAAUCCUGGUGUAUGACAUGCAAGUGCUGGAUUUCAUCUGCAUGAUUAGCAGGGACCAUGACCCCCUGCUGAAACAACCAGAACUCCAUCGAUGCAUCCUGACAUGGCGUGAUGAGCGGUGCCUGCUUGUGGGUUGGGCUGACCGCGUGAAGGUGUGCUGCAUCCGUCAGCGGGACCCGCAACGCACUGUGGCUGAGAACAACGUCCAACCAGUGCAAGACUCCACGCAACGCAACCAGGCUGAUAUCUACGUUGAGAUUGUGUCCAUGUUCCAGACCGAUUAUUAUGUGUGUGGCCUGGCACACCUCUGCUCGGGUAGCCUGGUGGCCCUCACUGUGGAGAAAAACACCGACAACUCAGGCGAGGGCAGUCGACCCCAACUGAGGGUUAUGGAGCCCCACCUCGGCGAAAGUGUUGAGCGCUCAAGUGACAUCCUUUCUGUGCGGGGUUUCCGGGCUUACCGGGCCAGUGACUACUGCCUUGACAGCCUCCCAGAGGAGGGUCUUUUCUUUGUGGUGAGCCCUAAGGAUGUCAUAGUAGCCAAGCCUCGUGACCAGGAUGACCACGUCGACUGGCUCUUGAAGCACCAGAAGUAUGAGGAAGCUGUGCAGGUUGCAUUGUCCAGUCGUGAUCUCAAGAGGCACGCAUUACAAGAUGUGGGCAGGCAGUACCUGGAACAGCUGAUUGAGAGGCAAGAGUUUGAGCGAGCGGCCGAGAUGUGCCCAACUGUGUUUGGGGCGGACGCACGCUUCUGGGAAGAGCUGGUGUACCGCUUUGCACGCCUUCGGCAGCUGCGCUGUCUGGCCCCUGUGCUGCCUCAGGGGGGCCUUGAUCCCACUGCCUAUGAAAUGGUGCUCAAUGAAUUCCUCCAGCUAGACCCCGAGGGCUUCCUCAAGCUCAUCUGCGAGUGGGACUCGGCACUGUACAGUGUGCCAACUGUGGUGAAUGCCGUACGGGACCGCCUUAGCUAUGAGCCAUCCAGUGUACCGCUGCUGAAAGGGCUGGCCCAUCUCUACUCCCUCGAGGGCAAGUUUGACCUUGCCAUCGCCAUCUACCUUGAGAUUGGCGCAGCAGAUGCGGUGUUCACGUUGGUGCAAAAGCACGGCCUGUAUGGUGUGGUACAGGAGAAGCUAGUGCUGUUGAUCCGGCUGGACGAGGAGAAAGCCAACCAGCUGUUGGUGAACUCCACUGACCGGCUACCACCGGCCACUGUUGCCGACCGUCUGAGGCCGCAUCCACGAGCCUUGUUUCGUUACCUGGAUGCACUGUUCAAGCGCAGCCCUGCGUUGUGCGAGGCCCAGCACAUGGAACUGGCACGCUUGUACGCCCAGUUUGAACCUGACAAGUUGCUGCCACUGCUGCGCCAGUCACACAGCUACCCUUUGGAAGAGGCACUAAGGCUGUGCCAGGAACGGAAGCUCGUUCCAGCGACCAUCUUCCUGCUCAAGCGCAUGGGCAACACCAAGGAGGCCCUUCAUCAGAUCAUGGCCAAGCUGGAGGAUGUCCAUCAGGCCAUCGCCUUCUGCAAGGAGCAUGACGACUCCGAACUCUGGGCAGAUCUCAUCGAGUACUCGCUCGACAAGCCACCCUUCAUCACGACAUUGUUGCACAAGAUUGGUGCACACGUCAACCCCAUCCUGCUGAUUGUGCGCAUCCCCGUGGGGCUGGACAUCCCUCAGCUCCGGGACUCUUUGGUCAAGAUCAUGCGGGACUACAACCUCCAGAUCUCCCUGCGUGAAGGCUGCAAGAAGAUCCUGGUGUCGGAUUGCAUCGGCCUGCUGCAGAAGCUGCACCGGCAGCAGAGCCGUGGCAUUGCCGUUGCCUAUGACCAGCUGUGCCAUGCUUGCAAUCGCCGGAUACUCUCCAAAGAUGUUCGUCACCUGGAGGAUGUGGUAGUGUUCUUCUGCAAGCAUGCCUUCCAUAGCAACUGCCUUCCCAGUCUACCAAUGUGCAGCCUCUGCAGUGCCGACAAGCAAGCACAGAGCCUGGGAGCCUGAAGAACAACGCUUAGCGGAUGCUGCUAAUUCAUAAUGCCCUACAAGGAGGUUGUGCCGAUCGCUACGGGCACUGAAAUGGUUUUAAAGGUGCAGAAGGGUGGUGUGCAUGCCAAAGGAAACGUGUGUUGAGGAGGACUGUUAAUAAAAAGAGAUGCCGUCCAGAGCAACCUUUGUGUACAGAGAGUAUAUGCAUGUGUUGAUGAUCCAGUUUUCAUGUAGUUAUAAUAAAUAGAAGCUCCAUGUAACUGACAAAAGUAUAUAAUUGAAUUAAAUAAAGAAAUGUUUGUCGCCAAUAUAUUAUAUGUACCAAAUAUAUGCUUACAGGGAUGUAACCAGUGGGAAGGUUAAAGGGACCCUGAAACGAUUUUGGCGAUUUUCUACAAACGUACUGAGUCGUUAGAGUAGGUUCUUCUGAUCAUUAAUUGAUGCAUCUAAGUGCUCUGCGUAAAGCGUGUAAUUUAUUAUAAGGUUUUAAAUAUACACAUCGCUGCCGAUCGCAGCGCACUGCUCGGCGGAAUUUUAAGCCGCCCCUACCCAUAUGAUGCAAAUAACCCAUAUUACGUCACAUGGGCGAGCUAUCUGAUUGGCUGACCAGGGCGCGUGGUCGAUGAUUUUUCCAACUUUAUGGUGAACAAAUGAUGCUCGUAAUAGUUGGAAUGUUAGUUACUUUGUUUUUGUAAAAAGAAAAUAACUUAAAGAGAAUACACAAGAAUAGUUUUUUAGUACACUUCAGCACUUCCGGCACACAGCAAGUGUCGUCUGCUUGGGUUACAACGUACUCCAUUUUGACGAGAGCUCCGUGGUCAGAGUCGGUCUCAGUCUUUUCGCGAGCACUAUGAUUCGACUUUGUUGCCUUGUGCACUGCAAACCUAGCGACCUGCAAACCGCGAGUCCAGUAUUAGGGCAAACGCAAGCGCAAGGGGACAGGGUCUGGCCGCUUGACUGCCGGGAUGAGCCACGAGAUGAGCAGAAGGGCAAAUGUGAACGGUCUGCACGGUGCAGCCACCUGGUGGCACAGAGCUCAACCAUACACAGUAGCAGCAACGAAGUGUAUUCUUUUUUUGCUGCUGGUGUGUAUUAUUCGCAGGAGUGUAAUCAUCAACACGUUGAUUUAUAAAUGUUUAAAAUGCUUUACACUUGGUUAGAGCAAUAUUAGCGCUUUGUUUGACUGGUUAAGCGCUGCGCCAGCAAGUGUCUGGACCGUGCAGACCGAUCAGGCUGCUCACGUACGUCUACGCUAAAGUUCCUUCAUCAGCUUGAGUUUAUGCAUCCAGUCAUUUGCCGAAAUGACCAGCUUGCCUGUUUUUAGCGGAGUACCGGACACGUUCGGCGCUACGACAGAAUGCUCGCAACGCACGCUGCUUCGAUAGCUCUCGGUCGACGGCCAAGCGGCUAGCGGAGAGGUCUCGCGCGGGAGGGGGCGUGCUCCUAAACAACCGGAAGUGAGCGAUGUGACGUCGCAUCGUGACGCUGAACCAGUGAAGGCGGAGCUUAGCGCCGCUCGUUCGGCGAGCGAGUUGAGGAGGAAAAGCAUAGCUAGGGAGGAGGGUAACUUCUAAUCGCUUGCAGCUCCAUUAAUACGUAACGCUUCACUUAAAUUGUGGUGCGAAUGUUCUACUUAAGCUGUACCCUACGCGCCUACAAAAUUUGUCCGAACCGUUUCAGGGGCCCUUUAAGGGGUCCUCACCCUCCAAAUUACUGCCAUGGCGGUAUACUGCUCAGUACAACUUGCAUAUGUGUAAAUUAUAAUAUAUGUACAAGUCAAUAUAUGCAUUGUGUGUUUAUACUGUCGCAUAUAUCAGCGGUGUGCUUGAUUCACACAUGAAAUUAAGUGAAUAAAAAUAUUCAACAUGGUCA